AUGGGAUGGGGCUGGGGGGAACUGGGAGAGGGCGAGGGGGUGACCCUGCAGCGCUCCAUCACGCUGCUCAACGGCGUGGCCAUCAUCGUGGGUACCAUCAUCGGCUCCGGCAUCUUCGUCACCCCCACCGGCGUGCUGCGGGAGGCCGGCUCGCCGGGGCUGUCGCUGGUGGUGUGGGCCGUCUGCGGGGCCUUCUCCAUCGUGGGUGCCCUCUGCUACGCUGAGCUGGGCACCACCAUCACCAAGUCCGGCGGGGACUACGCCUACAUGCUGGAGGUGUAUGGUUCCCUGCCUGCCUUCCUCAAGCUCUGGAUAGAGCUGCUCAUCAUCCGGCCCUCCUCCCAGUACAUCGUGGCUCUGGUCUUCGCCACCUACCUGCUCAAGCCCAUCUUCCCCACCUGCCCGGUGCCCGACGAGGCAGCCAAGCUGGUGGCCUGUCUCUGUGUCCUGCUCCUCACAGCAGUGAACUGUUACAGUGUGAAAGCUGCCACUCGUGUCCAGGAUGCCUUUGCUGCGGCAAAACUACUGGCGCUGGCUCUCAUCAUCAUUCUUGGCUUCGUGCAGCUUGCGAAGGGUGAUGUGACAAACCUGACUCCCGAGCACUCCUUCGAAGGCACAAAAGUAGGCGUGGGGAACAUCGUGUUAGCUUUGUACAGUGGUCUCUUUGCCUAUGGAGGAUGGAAUUACUUGAAUUUUGUUACAGAAGAGAUGAUAAAUCCCUACAGAAACCUGCCUCUGGCUAUCAUCAUCUCGCUACCUGUAGUCACUUUGGUUUAUGUGCUGACAAACUUGGCUUACUUCACGACCCUGUCGACGGACCAGAUGCUGACGUCGGAAGCCGUGGCUGUGGAUUUCGGGAAUUAUCACCUUGGUGUCAUGUCCUGGAUCAUACCCGUCUUUGUUGGCUUAUCAUGCUUUGGAUCCGUUAAUGGAUCUCUCUUCACUUCUUCCCGGCUGUUCUUUGUGGGAUCCCGAGAAGGACACUUGCCUUCAAUCCUGUCUAUGAUUCACCCCAGGCUUCUCACUCCCGUGCCGUCCCUCAUCUUUACGUGCGUCAUGACCCUGCUGUAUGCCUUCUCCAACAACAUCUUCUCAGUCAUCAACUUCUUCAGCUUCUUCAACUGGCUGUGUGUGGCUCUGGCCAUCAUCGGCAUGAUGUGGCUGCGUUACAAGAAGCCAGAGCUGGAAAGGCCCAUCAAGGUGAACAUCUGCCUGCCCGUUUUCUUCAUCCUGGCCUGCUUGUUUCUCAUUGCUGUCUCCUUCUGGAUGACACCGAAGGAAUGCGCGAUUGGCUUUGCAAUCAUCUUCAGCGGGAUCCCCGUUUACUUCUUCGGGGUCUGGUGGCAAAACAAGCCCAAGUGGGUCCUCCAAGGCAUCUACUCUGCAACAGUCCUGUGCCAGAAACUGAUGGAAGUGGUUCCGCAAGAAUCGUAAGCAGGAAAAGCAGAGACAUUCAGCUCGAGGAAACGCACAAUAUUAUUUUAAGACGACACAAGGAGAAAACGCUUCUGAUCCCUCGUAAACGAAACCCAGGCACU